GAUCUGGAAGACUUCCACUACUCAUAAUUGGAUAACCGGUGUUUAACCCUAAAUUGUGCAUUAUGGCAGACAAAUUAACAAGAAUUGCUAUUGUCAACCAUGACAAGUGUAAGCCAAAGAAAUGCCGUCAAGAAUGCAAGAAGAGUUGUCCUGUGGUUCGCAUGGGAAAACUCUGCAUAGAAGUCACGUCACAGAGCAAAAUAGCAUGGAUCUCAGAAACUCUUUGUAUUGGUUGUGGUAUUUGCAUUAAGAAAUGUCCUUUUGGAGCCUUGUCAAUUGUUAACUUACCCAGCAACCUGGAGAAAGAAACAACACAUAGAUACUGUGCCAAUGCCUUCAAACUUCACAGGUUGCCUAUUCCUCGUCCAGGUGAAGUACUGGGAUUGGUUGGAACCAAUGGUAUUGGAAAAUCAACUGCCUUGAAAAUUUUAGCAGGAAAACAGAAACCAAAUCUUGGAAAAUAUGAUGAUCCACCUGACUGGCAAGAAAUUUUGACUUAUUUCCGAGGAUCUGAAUUACAAAAUUAUUUUACCAAGAUCCUGGAAGAUGACCUGAAAGCUAUCAUUAAACCUCAGUAUGUGGACCAGAUCCCUAAAGCUGCAAAGGGAACAGUGGGAUCAAUUCUGGAUAGGAAAGAUGAAACCAAGACACAAACUGUUGUAUGUCAGCAGCUUGACUUAACCCAUCUGAAAGAAAGAAAUGUUGAGGACCUUUCAGGAGGAGAACUUCAGAGAUUUGCUUGUGCAGUUGUUUGCAUUCAGAAGGCUGAUAUCUUCAUGUUUGAUGAACCUUCUAGCUACCUAGAUGUCAAGCAGCGCUUGAAGGCUGCCAUUACCAUUCGAUCCCUAAUAAACCCUGACAGGUACAUUAUUGUUGUAGAGCAUGAUCUAAGUGUGUUAGAUUAUCUCUCUGACUUCAUCUGCUGCCUGUAUGGUGUGCCAAGUGCUUACGGUGUUGUUACUAUGCCUUUCAGCGUAAGAGAAGGCAUAAACAUUUUCUUAGAUGGCUAUGUUCCAACAGAAAACCUAAGGUUUCGAGAUGCAUCUCUGGUAUUUAAAGUGGCUGAGACAGCUAAUGAAGAAGAGGUUAAAAAGAUGUGUAUGUACAAAUAUCCUGGAAUGAAAAAAAAGAUGGGCGAAUUUGAACUAUCCAUAGUAGCUGGAGAAUUCACUGAUUCUGAAAUUAUGGUGAUGUUAGGGGAAAAUGGAACUGGCAAAACUACGUUUAUUCGAAUGCUUGCAGGAAGACUUACACCCGAUGAAGGAGGUGAGGUCCCGGUUCUAAAUGUCAGCUACAAACCACAGAAGAUCAGUCCUAAAUCUACAGGAAGUGUCCGUCAGCUACUGCAUGAGAAGAUCAGAGAUGCCUAUACACACCCCCAGUUUGUAACGGAUGUAAUGAAACCUCUUCAGAUAGAAAACAUCAUUGACCAGGAGGUUCAGACGCUGUCUGGGGGUGAGCUGCAGCGUGUUGCGUUAGCUCUUUGUCUUGGUAAACCUGCGGAUGUCUACCUAAUUGAUGAGCCUUCGGCAUAUUUGGACUCUGAACAGCGUCUAAUGGCUGCUAGAGUCAUUAAACGUUUCAUUCUCCAUGCUAAAAAAACAGCAUUUGUGGUUGAACAUGACUUUAUCAUGGCUACCUAUCUUGCUGAUCGUGUGAUUGUUUUUGAUGGUAUUCCCUCCAAGAACACACUUGCCAACAGCCCGCAGACACUUUUGGCUGGAAUGAAUAAGUUUUUAUCUCAACUUGAAAUCACUUUUAGAAGAGACCCCAACAAUUACAGACCAAGAAUAAACAAACUAAAUUCAAUCAAGGAUGUGGAACAAAAGAAGAGUGGAAACUACUUCUUCCUGGAUGACUAAAUAUUGAAUAUGAGCAUCUUUGUACCCAGCACAUAGAAAUGCAUAUUGGAAUCUAAACAUUUGUGGAUGAGAAGGUUCAAUCAGGUUUUAGAACACUUCAAUCUUCUGGAGCUUAAAAUAUGAGAGGAGUAGCAGUGUAAAUCCUAGUCUGAGUAAAACUGCCACUUUAUAUAUUUUGGUGACACAGCCCUAUUUUCAGUGUAAUAAUCUCAAAAUAGACCACCCUGAAAUUGUGCAAUUGCGUCUCCAGAUUUUUCAGAUUUUGAAGGGAGCUUGUCAACUGAGUAUCUAUCCUACUCAUGUACCAAGUACUGACUGCGCUUCUUCAUCUUAAAAUUUUGAAGCUGUUCUCUCUGUAAGAGGGAGACUUACCCAGAGUGUCAGGCUACAGAAAUGACUCCUAUUUUAAAAUGGUGGAAUCUCUCCAGAUGAGGGUUUCAUAAAUAAAUAUCUUCCUAACUUA